AUGGAGGAAUUGGAAGAGGACAAUGAGGGCGCCGGCUCAGAUGACCCAACAGCUGAUGCAAGCAGAUCAAUGCAGCUCGAAUCAAUCUGGAUCACGCUUGCUAACCAUUUGCGCCGGUUUGCCGAGUUUUUCCUUGACCUCAUCUCCCCGCUCUCCACCCAAAAAGGCUCCGACAUGAAAUUCCUUGCCAUCAGACUCAACUUCUCCCUCUUCUAA